AUGGCAUCCUCCUCAAAAUUACAAAAUGACAUGCCUGAUGGAACGUUCAUAGAAGAGAAUAUGAAUGGUCUAGCUAUUGAUGAAUUGACCAUGUCCGACUCUGAAUUGGCUUCAGCUGUUUGGAAGAGUGCGUCCAAGUGGCUUCCUCGUCGAAAUGAUGAUUGCGACUUUUGGUGGCAGUCAACUGGUCCUCAACUUGGUGCCCUACUUUUUUAUGCUGGAUACAGUGUCACUCAACAGUAUGAGGGCUUGCUCUUCCACUAUCAUGUUCUCGUACCACGCCUCGGUCCUCGCCCAGCACUUUCUUCUCUCUCUGGAGAAUCACCAUACAAAUGGAAGUCCUUUAUGCAAGACGACUUUAAGCCAAUUGAAUACAGUUGGAAAUGGGACACUGGAAAAUUGUUGUCGAAUGGAAAAAUGUCGAAGCCUGAUCUCAGAAUGGUCAUUGAGGCUAUUGGUCCGCUCACUGGAACAGCACAGGAUCCUCUCAACCAGAUCGCCACGGGAGAACUUCUUCGCGAACUAGACUCUGUAAACCCAAAAGUAGACUUGGCUUGGUUUCACCAAGUUUCUCGUGCUAUAUUUGGAGAAGUGGAUGUUACUGAAGCCAAGAACCAUAUCCAAGCAGCAGAUUUGGCUGAUGUGGGCAGCUCAUCAAUGUUUCUCGCUUUUCAAUUCCUCAAAGGCGACCCCAAGAGCGAUUCUCCCAUCAAGGCUUAUCUCAUGCCACCAGGAUGGGCAAAGCCGCGAGGAACUGACAAUAGAGCCUACGAAAAAACCAUAGGAGCUAUUCGAAGCCUUGGACAGAAAGAUAAGCAUGAAUGGACCACGCUAGACCAAUUGUUGUCGUUUUUCAGUGACAACGAGAAUGGUAGACAAUUAUCUACUCCUUUCAUAGUCUCAACUGAUUGCAUGAUAUCUUCAGAAUGCCGACUAAAGAUAUAUGUUCGCACGCCCAGGGCUAGCUUCGAUUCUGUUGUAGAUAUUCUCAGCAUGGGAGAAAAACGAGUAGGAUUCGAGAAGAAUUUCCAGGAACUCAAGGACCUCUGGCGCUUAACCUUUGAACUUCCAGAAGGCUUCUCAACCUCGGAGGAUCUACCUCUAAGUGAGCAUGGUACCAGUGGCAUGUGCUAUCAUUUCGAAAUCCACCAAGCAAAUGCGCUUCCAGACGUCAAGCUGUACAUACCAACCAAGCACUAUGGACAGUCAGACAUGAAAGUUGCUAAAGGACUCACCAAGUUCCUUGAACUUUAUGGUAGAGGAACUUAUGCAGCUGACUACAUGAAAGCACUUAAGCAAUUGGCACCUCUUCAUCAGCUUGAGUCCUCAUCUGGUGUUCAGUCAUACAUAUCUUGUGCAUUGGAGAAAGAAAGCUUAAGCCUCACGACCUACUUUAAUCCUUGCAUCCCCUUAGGAAAUUAA